GGGCCACAGACCAGGCCGACACCUGACACGGGUGAAAAUUACAAAAUCUGCCUUUCUGGAGCUUGCACGGCGAAGAAAUCCGUCGGAGCCAGUGAUUCAAAAGAGCACAAAGCGUUUUUUUUACAACAUGAGGCACUUUACCCUUGUGACGUUUCAGCAUCCAAGGGAAUUGCGGGGGGUUUGCCGUCUUGUGGCGCCGGCGGAUACGACAGAGGAAGACAUUGGUAGUCUAGCGGACGUUGAGCCUUUCUCGCUCCUUAUGAGAGAAGGCGUCAUGUAA